AUGACAUCCAGAGUCGAGACUUGCGGAUCUGCGGCGGAUCAAAAGUCGACCGGACAAACGCCAGGGGCUCCGCUGGACGAUAUGGCAAAUGGCCCGCGGAUCAACGAACAGGGCGCGCCAUAUAUUCCAAGAUCGACCAUGCUCAUGGAUCGUCAAUCCGAUCAGAAGUCCCCAGCCGAGAAGCAGCCCAGGAUAAAUGGCACCGGGGAUAAUGCCGAUGGAGCAGUACGCGACGAAUCAGUUGACGACACAACUUCUUCAAAACUACACAGCCAUCGGAGUGAAGGCCUAGGUAUUCUUGUUGAGUUAUCGUCGGACGAUACGGCGGAUAAUGGCCGGGCGACUCUGUUGGAAGGUUCUAAGUUGAAAGCUGCCUUGGCCGGAUUGGCAGAAGAGACACCACUUGAAGCUGCCGAUGACAAUGACCCAGUCUUGACCCUAUCAUCCGACAAGAUCCAAGAGCUCAUAAGCUCUCCAGACUCAAUACCCAUUCGAACAGAAGAUGCUCAGGUCAACGCACCAAAAACCAACACAGAGCGACGGCAUGAGAACAAAACACUUCGGCCUGAGAUACGGGAGUCAAUACUACAGUCCCUCCAGGAAGCCUCACUUCUUGACCGCAACUUUAAGACGAGGAAUUCGAAGAGCUCUACUCUCGAAACGCCAGCCUUGCCUGUCAACUCGGCGUUUCACAAGACAGUUGCCAAUGGAAAUAUUCGCAAUCGUCCUCACAAUUCUCGGACGGUCUCGACUCCUGGGUUAUCUCGACCUCCUCAUCUCCAGUUGCACAGUGAACGUAUAACACAUACAUGGGCUUCGCGGUCACGGCAGGAGAGAAGUACACUCGAUCGGGAUGUGGGUGGCCAUCUUGCCGCCUCCCCUCAAAUCGCAGAGUCUCCUGCAACUCCAAUGGCACCUGUGUCUAUUCCGAUCCCGCCCGUUUCACUACCCACAUACCUUCAACUUGAAUUAGCUUCCGGACGACCAUCUCCCCUGUAUAUCCAUCGACCUUCGUCCACUGAUUUCCCCUAUGAAUCAUCAAGUGCUAAGAUUGAACGAUUGAUGAACUUCCUGAUUCUCCCCGGAGCCCUGGAGCAGGUCUUGUGUUUCGGCUCUUUCGCAUGUCUUGACUCGUGGCUUUACUCCUUCACAAUUCUUCCGCUGCGCUUCAUCAAGGCCGUGUAUAUUUUGUUUGAAUCGUGGAUGAAGAACCUGAAUGCUGAGUUCUGGUCAAUUUCAGGUUUUGUGAUUAACGGAGUUGGGCGCGUUUGGAAGAGACGAACGCAGAAUGGCGAGAGACAAGAAAGCGAAACCGACGCACUUCCUCCAACGGCCAGUGAAUCAUCCGCGGAGCAAGAUGUCACUGGCUCCGCUGAUCACGACUCCCGUCAUCGCGACUCUGACCUUUCCAAAAGAAGACACCGUACCUCGCAAUUUCGCCGUCAUCACCGACGAAGCAAGUCGAUCCCUUCAACUCUUCUGCCGGAUGACAAGGCAGAUAUAUUGACUGGGUUGCUGAUGAUUGCGACUUGCUGGGCAUUGAUGUACUUUGAUGCUAGCCGCAUGUACCACUGGAUUCGAGGACAGGCGGCUAUCAAACUGUAUGUCAUAUAUAAUGUUCUGGAGGUCCUCGAUCGUCUGUUGGCAGCAAUUGGACAGGAUGUUCUCGAGUGCCUCUUCUCGAGAGAAGCCCUUGAGAGAAGGCCUGACGGACGAAGUAAGAUAAUGCGUCCGUUUGGGCUAUUUCUAGCGGCUCUGGUCUACACGGUUGCUCAUGCAACGUCCCUCUUCUCCCAGGUCAUGACCCUCAAUGUGGCAGUCAAUUCUUAUUCAAAUGCCCUGAUGACACUCCUUCUGUCAAAUCAAUUCGUCGAGAUCAAAUCCACCGUCUUCCGCAAAUUUGAAAAGGAAAACUUGUUCCAGUUGACGUGUGCUGACGUCGUUGAACGAUUCCAACUCUGGCUCAUGCUCACUAUCAUUGCGUCUCGCAAUAUUGUGGAGACAGGGGCCUUCAACUUCAUCGGCGAUCUAGGUUUGGGCUCGAGCCUUUCCGGCCAGACUUCUACCAGCACGAAUAGCACUCCCUUGUCGACUCCCCCAAGAAGUGCAUCGUCCAUCCUGCCUCAGGCCUUCACCUUCUUUCCAUCUUCCAUCCUCGCAUCUGUCAGCAGUGUCAACUCUUUCCUACCGACAUUCGGUCAAGUGUUAGGACCAUUCCUGGUAGUCCUGGGAUCUGAGAUGCUCGUUGACUGGUUGAAACAUGCCUAUAUCAACAAGUUCAACAACUACCGACCCGCUCUUUAUGGGCGAUAUCUGGACGUUCUAGCCAAGGAUUACUAUACCAACGCCUUUGGCGACCAAAACUUAACUCGUCGUCUCGGCCUCCCUGUCAUCCCGCUCUCGUGCCUUUUUAUCCGUGUAUCAGUGCAAACAUACCAAAUGUUCCUCGCUUCAAUGCUUCCACAACACCCAUCUUCAACAGCGCUCACAGCGACAUCCCUGGCAGCCAUCCACAGAAACCACGCGCCUGGCCCACUGCCGUCCACGGCUCCCCUGACGCUUCGCAACGUGAUUCCCGUCUCCGUCGCCCACGUCACCUCGUUCUUCAGCACUCUCGUCGACAACGCCAUGCCCUCACCAGCACAAUCCGUGCAAAUCUUCACAAUAGUCCUCCUGUUAACAUCAUACAUCGUCCUGUUGAUUCUCAAACUCCUCCUCGGGAUGGGUCUUCUCGCCUUUGCCCGAUCCCGCUACAAGCGCAUGAAACUUGCAGAACACGAGUCUCGGAAGGCCCCCUCUUCAGAGACUCCAGCUCACGAUCAACCCGCUCGGAAAGAUAGCUUCAAUGUCGAGGGCAGUCGACGGGCCGGGGGCUGGGGCAUGGUUGAGCUGGGCGAUGAGAAGCGCCGCUGGAUCUAUGGCGAUGAUCCAGAUGGUUUGCGACGUGUCAAAGAGAAAGAGGACCGCGAUAAAAACAAAGACAAGGAUCUGAAGAUCGAUCAUGUUCAUCGGUACGAGAUGGUUGCGAAGAAAAUCUGGUGA